AUGACCAACGGUCUCUCCACAGCCGAGCUGGUCAUCUAUGUGAUCCUCAUCAUCCCAGUUCUGUACCUGCUCGUCAAACAUGGACGGAACGGCUUGCUAGGAUGGCUCUUCCUGUCCUUUUUCUGCGUCCUCAGAAUCGUUGGUGGAGGGUUGGCGAUAAAGAGCUCUAGUCCAGCUGCUACCAUCAUUUCCAACGUCGGACUUUCUCCUAUAUUACUUGCGACAGCCGGUAUCCUGCAUGAAGCGAGGAGUUACCGCAUCCAUGGUCUUGACGCAAAACUUGAGCAGGUUCUCGGGCUCCUUUUCCAUAUGCUGGUGAUUGCGGGAGUUGCCCUCACUGCCGCCGGAUCUGCGAAACUCCAAGCCCACCAACAACCAAUUGACAAAGACGAGUCGAUCGUCAAGGCGGGUAUCUCUAUUUUGACCGUCUCUUGGGGAGUCCUCGUCGGAUGGACCGCACAGUCAUUCACUGCGCAGCGUGCAACGCACGGUGUCGCGCGUGCGGGAACACUGCUCCUCUCGUCUGUCGGCUUUGCUCUCGUGUUCAUCGGUGUUCGCGUGUUCUACAGUCUCGUUGCUUUAUGCACCGAGAGGGCAUCUCUCAACCCGACUACCGGCUCCCUCGCUGUCCGGGUGGUGCUGGGCUUCUUGCCAGAACUUAUUGCGACGCUGAUUUACAUUUCCGCGGGAUUCGCGACUCAGAGUGUCGCCCAACAGGCUCGAGGUGAAGCUGUUGACUUGGCUCGGAAGCCUCAUCAGGCGCCAUAUGUUUGA